AUGGACAAGAGUUGGAUAACAAAGGACAGACUUUCAAAAGAGUAUGAAGCGGGAGUUGACAAUUUUAUUAAGUUAGCCUUAGAAAAUACAACAGAUCCUUCCAGAGUUCAUUGUCCUUGUAGAAAAUGUUCAAAUUUGAAAAAAUUGGAUAUAAUGGAGAUAAAGAGUCAUCUAUACUUUAACGGAAUGGACCAAACAUAUGUCAAGUGGAUUUGGCAUGGUGAAGAAGAUGACUCUAAUAAUAAUGUUCCCAAUGAAAGAAAACAAUUUGAUCAAGUAUUUGAUGACCCUAUAGAGAUGGUGAGAGAUGCAAAUGAACGUUUUGUUGAUAAACCUGAAGAAUUUUUGAAAUUCUUAGAAGAUGCAGAGAAACCAAUAUUCUCAGGGGCACCUUUGUCAAAAUUAGUUGUUUUAGUAAAACUAUACAACUUGAAAGCUGGUAGUGGUUGGAGUGACACAAGUUUCACAAAGUUAUUAGCUUUAUUAAAAGAAAUUUUACCAAAAGACAAUGAAUUGCCUUCUUCGCUUUAUGAAGCGAAAAAAACAUUGUGCACAUUGGGAAUGGAGUAUAGCAAGAUUCAUGCUUGUCCAAAUGAUUGUGUUCUAUAUCGAAAUCAAUAUGUGAGUGCAACUGAGUGUCCCUUAUGUAAAACAUCUAGAUGGAAAAAAAAUAAGAACAACAAAGAAUGUAAGAAAGGGAUUCCAGCAAAAGUAUUGUGGUAUUUGCCACCAAUACCUAGGUUUAUACGUUUGUUUCGAAACCCCGAACAUGCUGAAAGUUUGCGAUGGCAUGAGGAUGGAAGGAUCAAAGAUGACAAAAUGCGCCAUCCAGCUGAUUCCCCAGCUUGGAAAGAAGUGGAUGAACUAUGGCCUCAAAUAAGAGAGGAUCCUAGAAAUCUUCGACUGGGACAUUCUGCUGAUGGCAUCAAUCCAUUCAGCAAUAUGAGCUCAUCUUAUAGUUUUUGGCCAGUGAUUCUAUGUAUUUACAAUCUUCCUCCUUGGUUGUGUAUGAAAAGAAGAUUCACAAUGUUAACUUUGUUGAUAUCAGGCCCCAAGCAACCUGGAAAUGAUAUAGAUAUCUAUUUAGCACCUUUGAUAGAUGACUUGAAGGCAUUGUGGAAUGGAAUUGAUUGUUAUGAUUCUUUUAAAAAAGAAAAUUUUAUACUUAGAGGCGUACUCUUAUGGACAAUCAAUGAUUUUCCUGCUUAUGGUAAUUUAUCUGGAUGUUUUGUGAAAGGAUAUAAAGGAUGUCCAAUAUGCGGUAAACAAACAAGCGCCAUAAGAUUAGAACACUGUAGAAAGAUGUGUUAUAUGGGUCAUAGAAGGUUUCUACCAGAAAAACAUUAUUACCGGAAACAAAAAUUAGCAUUUAAUGGUGAGCAAGAGUUCCGAGAAGCGCCUACACCAAUGACUGGAGAAGCUGUCUACGAAGAGAUUCGUUUAAUAGAAAAUAAAUUUGGUAAGCUUGUAGAGAAGGUCAAUGAAAGUGUAGAGACAAAAGGGAAAAAGAAAGGCAAAUUUAAAACAAACAUCAAACGAAAACGCAAUAAGAAAGACCAAUCAGUGGAAGAUCCAAAGAAUACUACAUGUUGGAAGAAAAAUUCAAUUUUCUUUGAAUUGGAGUAUUGGAGAUAUUUGUGA